UGCGACUAACGGUCUGGUAGUCCGAGGGAAGGUUCCAAAAUGGCGGCAGGUUACAGUCUUCUUACAUCGCAAAGACAGCAGAAUGGCAAACUCAUUGUCAACUACGUACCUCAAAUCAUGUCCGAAGAGGAGCUUUCCGGUCUCUUCGAGGCCAUAGGACCCCUAGAGAGCUGCAAGUUGGUGCGAGACAGAAACUCUCAGGGAAGUCUCGGAUACGGCUUUGUUGUCUACCAGGACCCGGCAAUGGCCGAGCAAGCUGUCGCUGCUCUUAACGGGCUGAAAGUGCAAAACAAGAGACUCAAGGUCAGUUACGCACGACCAUCUGGAGUAGACAUAAAGAACACGAAUCUCUAUGUCGCGGGCUUGCCGCCGACCGUCGUCGACGACGACUCUCUAGUGGCCAUGUUUCGGCCGUUUGGUAAUGUUAUACAGUCGAGGCUUCUUACCGACGCGAAUGGACGUCCGAGGAACGUUGGGUUUGUGCGUUUCGACUCGCGGAGAGACGCAGAAAACGCGCUGGCCGCUCUGAAUGGCCAGGUUCCCGAAGGGGGGACCCUCUCGCUGACAAUUCGUUACGCUGAGAGUAAUCGAAAGAAUUUGCAACAAGAACAACAACAACAACAACCGACUGCUUUGUUAGCAUCUGUGUUGGCUGCGCAGCAGCAGGCGGGCAUGAUUGCUCAAGUUCAGGCGCCAUAUUUCCAGUCUCCACUAACUGCUGCUGUUCCGGGUGUCAUGCCUGGUGCGAUGCCUGGUUCCAUGCCUGGUGCCAUGCCUGGUGCCAUGCCUGGUGCCAUGCCAGGUGCUGUGCCUAAUGGAACAGCUACUUCAGCAACUCCAGUCAGUGGAAGCUACGGAAGUAAUGUUACUAUUCAACCUGCACCGAUGCCAGGAGUUCCAACGGGAUAUCCAGUGGGGUUACCCAAUCCAGCUAUGGCGGGAAAUGUUGCUCCUUCGAUGCCUGGUGUGGCACCCGCAUUGCCUCAAGCCACUCCUGGAUAUGAACAGCAGAAUAUGGCAGCAUUCGGUGUGGCUGGCAUGAACCGUCUUCAUCAGCAACAUUUUAAUCCUCUGGCUGCCAGCACUUCUCAAGCAGGGUUUUGUUUGUUUGUAUACAACAUACCGGUGACAGCCGAAGAAACGAUGCUCUACCAUUUGUUUAGUCCGCAUGGUGCAAUCUCCAGUGUUAAGAUCAUGAAAGACGAGAAUGGUAUAGGAAAGGGCUUUGCCUUUGUCAAUAUGGUGAAGUACGAGGAAGCGUGGCAGGCGAUUACCGUUCUGAAUGGUCAAGAAGUGGAGGGAAAGACGCUGCAAGUGUCGUUUAAGACGCCCAAAAGUUCAAAGAUAAAGUGAGGUGUGAUGUAAAAUGCCUUUGGCUCGUGGUAUCAAGACUUGUGACGUAUGUAUGUUUUCUCAUUGUGAUGAUUUCAGCAACUGUCCGUUUAAUUUCGUAGCUAGUUAACGUACUGCAUUGUUGUUGAAACUUGAUUUUCAUGACUGCUAGUAUUUAGAUUCGAUUCCUACUUUGGAGUUGAUUUCCGUACUGUGCACUUUACUUUAUCUCGUUUCUUGGCGUAUGCAGUUAUGUUUAUUGCAGUUUACGUUUAUUCUCUGUGCAAUGUAUCAACAUAAGUCUUAGUAUUGG